CUAGUGGCAGAUGUAGUGUCUCUCCAACAUUUUGUGGCGCUUAGAAAGAAAUGCCACCGACUGAGGAAGCGGCAGAACAGAGGUAGAGAAAAAGAAGAACAGCAAUGGAAAAAUCACCAGAGAGGGGAAGAGACUCAUAUACUAAUUGUUUGUUUGAUCAAGUUAUCAAGGGUUCCUUGAAGUGCCUAGGCCAAGACUCCUCUAAUGAACAAGCUGAGGGUUGUCCUUUGGAUGAAGGGUUACAAGUGUAGUCAACAAGGGCGAUAAGAAUCAAAAGGCCACCAAGACAACCAGUAAGCCAUGGAGCUGGUGCUCAAUUCAACUCUUCUGCAGCUUAAACACAGGUGCUUAGAGGUCUGUAACCAUUUAGUUGCAGUACUUUGCGGUAGUUUGUUUUCGUUUGUUUUGUUGCUGUUUUUGUAUGUGAAAGAAUUGUAAUGAUGCAAGCCCGAAAAUGUCAACUUUGUUUAUCUAGAAAACCAGCUGCUUCUUGGUUUGCAUUCACACGGGAAAUUUUUCCUAAAAUAUAUAUAACCGAAUGACUAAAAUAAAUGCCAGUCUAGACU